CGGGGCGGAGGCGGACCCGGCUCUGCUGCCGCCCGCCGACAUGCUGCUGGCGGCCGGCGCGGACUCUUACGGGCGGGGGGACUGGGGCGCCGUCAUCUUGCAGAUGGAGCGGGCGCUGAGGUCUCGGGAGGCGCACCGGGCGCGCCUGGUCCAUUGCCGCCUGCUCUGCUCCAACGCCAACCGCACCGACGCCGCCGGGACCGACUCGUCCUCGCAGCCGGCGGGAGCCCGACAGCGGCGCCAGCUCGACGACCUCCGCUUCUUCCAGCGGCUCCUCCGCCGCGCCGCCUGCCUCCGCCGAUGCCUCCCCGACGGCGCCUCUCGGUACCACCUGGGGGAAGAGACCGAGCUGGAGUUCGGCAAGCGCAGCCCUUACAACUACCUCCAAGUGGCUUAUUUCAAGAUCAACAAGUUGGACAAGGCCGUGGCGGCGGCCCACACCUUCUUUGUGGCCAAUCCCGACCACAUGGAGAUGAGGCAGAACCUGGAGUAUUACCAGAUGAUGGCCGGGGUGAAAGAGUCGGACUUUGUCGAUUUAGAAGCCAAGCCGCAUAUGAUCAACAAGUUGGACAAGGCCGUGGCGGCGGCCCACACCUUUUUUGUGGCCAAUCCCGACCACAUGGAGAUGAGGCAGAACCUGGAGUAUUACCAGAUGAUGGCCGGGGUGAAAGAGUCGGACUUUGUCGAUUUAGAAGCCAAGCCGCAUAUGCAAGAAUUCCGCCUGGGGGUUAGCUACUACACAGAAGAGCAACCCCAAGCGGCUGUUCUGCAUCUGGAAAAGGCGCUGGAGGAGUACUGGAUCGCUGACACGGACUGCCGGGCCCUCUGCGAAGGGCCGUACGAUUACGAAGGCUAUAAUUAUCUGGAAUACAAUGCAGACCUUUACCAAGCUAUUAUUGAUCAUUACCUGCAAGUCUUGAGCUGCAAGCAGGCGUGUGUGACGGAACUCGCUUCUGAGCCCGGUCGGGAGAAGCCCCUGGAGGAUUUCCUCCCGUCCCAUUUCAACUACCUGCAGUUUGCCUACUACAACACAGCAGAAAGGAGCACGUCCAAGAGCACCAUAAAGACAAUUGGCGGCGGGGUAGGAGCUUUCGUGGGCUACAGCUCACUUUUACAGAACGUCCAGGCCUACCGGCGGCGCAGCCUCGUGGAGAAAGAGCUGCUCUUCUUUGGCUACGAUGUCUUUGGGAUUCCUUUUGUGGACCCGAACGUCCAGGCCUACCGGCGGCGCAGCCUCGUGGAGAAAGAGCUGCUCUUCUUUGGCUACGAUGUCUUUGGGAUUCCUUUUGUGGACCCGGACACGUGGACCCCCGAGGCGGUAAUUCCCAAGCGGCUGCGAGAGAAACAGAAGGUGGAGCGUGAGACGGCAGCCCGCAUCUCGGAAGAGAUCGGGAAUCUCAUGAAGGAGAUAGAGACGCUGGUGGAGGAGAAGACCAAGGACUCCACGGAUAUGAGCAAGCUUGUGCGGGAAGGAGGCCCCUUGGUGUACGAUGGGCUCAGCGUCACCAUGAAUUCAAAGCUGCUGAAUGGCUCCCAGCGAGUGGUGGUUGACGGAGUCCUCUCCGACGAGGAGUGCAGAGAACUGCAGAGACUGACAAACGCAGCUGCCUCCGCUGGGGACGGCUAUCGUGGGAUGUCCUCCCCUCACACGCCUAGCGAGACCUUUUAUGGUGUGACCGUCUAUAAAGCCCUUAAGCUGGGACAGGAAGGCAAAGUGCCGAUGCGCGGAGCGUACCUCUAUUACAAUGUGACCGAGAAGGUCCGCCACGUGAUGGAGUCCUACUUCCGCCUGGACGUGCCGCUCCACUUCUCCUACUCUCACCUGGUGUGCCGCACAGCUAUAGACGAGAAGCAGGAGGACCGAACAGAUCCCAGCCACCCUGUUCACGUGGACAACUGCAUCCUUAACGCAGAGGCCCUGGAGUGUGUCAAGGAGCCACCAGCAUAUACGUUUCGAGAUUACAGUGCCAUCCUCUAUUUAAACGGGGACUUUGAGGGUGGAAACUUUUACUUCACCGAGCUGGACGCCAAAACAGUAACGGCUGAAGUGCAGCCCCAGUGUGGCCGAGCAGUGGGGUUCUCCUCAGGCUCCGAAAACCCUCAUGGAGUGAAAGCUGUAACCAAGGGUCAGCGCUGCGCCAUUGCCCUGUGGUUCACCCUGGACCCUCGCCACAGCGAACGGGACCGGGUGCAGGCCGAUGACCUAGUGCGCAUGCUCUUCAAUACGGAAGAGACCGAACUACCUCCAGAGCAGGCGACGGCGGCAACCCCAGCCCCUCCUCCAGGCCUGACGGAAGUUCCGCAGGCGGGGUCCGCUUCCGGGAAAGACGAACUGUAGCUUGCUGCUGCCUCUGCAGAGUCCAGCUGGGCUUGAUCCAGGCGACAAGGAGGACUCGGGUGUUGGAAACCGCCACGGACAGCAUCCUGUGGAGGGGGGCCCUCUUAUGGCACGGACAACAGAUGGAUCGUAACCACCUCCCCAAGGGCGGGGAGCAGGGUGUGCUUCCCUGGGCACUGCUGCAAUACUCCGAAAAGGGGCUCGGGGGGAGAGAAUAUCUUCUGCUGCCUUUCUCUCCCUGGCUCCGGGGUACACUUUCUGCCCCCAGAGUGCCUUAUUUCGUCCCCAAGCCAAAGUCUUUUGAUACAGUUCUUUUCCCCCCAAAGUGUCUUCAUGGCUGGGAUGAUUCCUGGCUUCUGCAUGAAGAGAGGCCCCCCAGCUAGAGGCGAGCUAGUCCCCUGUGGCCUGCAGGGCUGGCAUGGGGGAGCAGAGGAAGCCUUGUACUUGGACCAGGGUGCUGAUCCUGGCUCAGCCAUGAUGACGCUCGUCGGGUGACUAGCCCGCCUCCCAGGGCUGUCGUGAGGAUGCCCAACAUACGCGGCUGGGAGUUCCAUGGGUGGGGGGAAUGUACUCAGAUGAAAUGGCUGCCGAUUUCCAUUACCCCACAGGUUGGUAAAUUAAAGAAGACAAACCUCC